GGCCAGCGUGAAGAAGUGUGUCGCUCCCUGCAGCUACAAGCCUUCCGGGAAACGGAGGAGCCAGCGCUCGGUAGUGGCCCUGAGCGUUGGCAGCACGAGCAGGCGUCUCUUUGUCAGCGACAGUCUCAGGAAGUUUGUUUCUGUGUGACAUGGGAGCUCAACGGAGUGUUGUUCCUGCUUCGAGGGAAGACGUCGCUCGUGGGGGACAUGGACCGCGGUUGGCGACGGUUAAUGGCGGCCCCAUUCGCACACUUUUUAUGUGCUCACGGACUCCUGGUGGACGUUAACAAUAAACGCUUGGUUGAUACCUUGACGUUUUCCUCCCUCGUGUGUACACUUGGCAAGGCGGGGUACGACGGGCUGUCGGGCUCGCUGUCGGGGGCGGACAUUUUUCUCAGCCUGUUGGCUGAAUUUCCAGACCUGACGCUACCCACCUUCUCCGCGCUCACCACCAAGCAUGGGGGCGGAGAUUUCAACCACGGAACGUCUGGGUAUCGUCCGCCGGACCGUCCUUGGGCCUCUCCUCUGCACGUCGUUCCCAAGCCAAACGGCGGUUGGCGCCCGUGCGGGGAUUACCGCCACCUCAACGACGCCACGACGCCUGACCGCUACACGGUGCCGCACAUUCAAGACUUUUCAGCACAUCUGGCCGGUACGCUGGUGUUUUCAAAUGUGGACCUUGUGCGCGGAUACCACCAGGUGCCCAUGCAUCCCCUGGACGUUCCCAAGACGGCAGUGAUAACGCCAUUUGGACUUUUCGAGUUCCUGCGGAUGCCUUUUGGGCUCAAGAGCGCCGCUCAAACGUUCCAGCGCCUGAUGGAUUCGGUGCUACGGGACCUGCCGUUUGUGUUCGUCUACCUGGACGACAUACUCGUCGCCAGCGUUUCGGUGGAAGAGCACCUGUCACACCUCCGAGCUCUUUUCACAAGGCUCGGUCAACACGGGUUGAUAAUCAAUCCUGCAAAGUGCCAGUUCAGGGUGUUUGACAUUGACUUCCUCGGACACCGCGUCACCAAAGGCGGUGCAGCACCCCUGCCGGCAAAGGUUGAAGCUGUUGCGGCGUUUCCUCGCCCGCUCACAGCCCGGUUGCUCCGUGAGUUCCUGCGGAUGGUGACAUUCUACCACCGUUUAAUUGCCCAGGCCGCCCACAUAAUGCGGCCGCUGUAUGAGGCUUUGAAGGGUAUGAACCCGAUCCAGGCGAUCGACUGGACGGCGGAAGCUGAGUCUGAUUUUACGGAGGUCAAGACCUCGUUGGCUCUGGCAGCCCUGUUGGCGCACCCAUCGUCCAUGGCUCCAGUCUCCAUUACCAAAGACGCAUCGGACUACGGCGUUGAUGCGGUGCACGAGCAGUGGGUGGAGGGCACUUGGCAGUCACUCACCUUUUUCAGCCGUCAGCUGACGCCCAGGGAACGCAGGUACAGCGCUUUUGACCGAGAACUCCUUGGACUCUGGCUGGCCGUGCGGCAUUUCCGUUUUUUGCUGGAGGGCCGUGAAUUUACGGCGUUUUUCGACAACAAGCCGCUCACGUUCGCCAUGUCAAAAGUGGCAGAGCCUUGGCUUGCACGGUCGUCAUCGGAGCCAUCCAGUUGGGCCUGGACUAUACCCGCAUGGCGGCAGACCAGGUCACAGACCCUGAAGGAGGAGAGCGUGGAGCUGCGCUUGGAGGAGGUGGUGUUCGGCGACACAGGCGUUACUCUCCUGUGUGACGUCUCCACGGGCCUGCCGCGGCCAGUCGUUCCCGCCAGUUGGAGGCACUCCGUGUUUGAGGCAUUGCACGACCUGUCACACCCCGGCGGUAAGCCUUCGGUGCGCUUGGUGGCCGCGAAGCCGAGCUCUCAAGGCGUGUCGGAUGAACACAUGCUCCGCUCGCACAGAGGCCCCCUGCAGCCCCCUUACGAUGGGCCUUUCCGGGUCUUGGAACACGGGGACAAGCACUUGGUGGUCGACCUGUCACAGAAUUGGGGCCUGCGGUUCCGGUCCCAUCUCUUCCAGCGGCCGCCCCUUCAGAGGUCGCCUCCCCGGCUCCCGUUCUUCGGAGUCGGGGUGGUCGGCUUGUCGUUCCUCCCCGCCGCACAGACUUUGUGUAUGAGUGAAUUCUGGGGGGGCUUGUGUGGUGACAGUUACGGGACAUAA